AUGGCAUGCCGUUACCUGCUUCAGGCCUGUGGAGUUAUUCAAUCGGAUUCUCUAUUUUCUGAGCCACGUGAAGUAGACCCUUCUGACACUUUUCCCGACGAAAUGCCAGUGACUCCCAAGGAGGAAGUCAAUGGUACUCCAGUUCAUAGAAGCGGGAGUUUUCGAAAUGUCGUCCGUUUGGCGAUGAUGAUAAAAAGUUGGGUGAAGCACAAGAAAGCGCAAAAAGCUGCAAAAGAAGGCAGCGUGGACUACGAUAAUGUGAGACGAGUGUUCGAACCGCCUUCGCAAACUGAGGAAGCCAAAGUCAAAGAAAAAUGGCAACGACGAAUUCUGUACUGGUCAGUGGACGACACGAGUCUGACCUUCUACAUAUGGACAGCCAUAGUGUUCAUAGGCUGUUUCUACAAUCUGAUCACAAUUGUAGCCAUGGUAUUUGAAGAAGUCCAGCGGAAUUUCUAUGACUCAUGGCUUAUGCUGAACAAAGUCUUCGAUUUUAUUUUUCUACUCGAUCUAUUCGUUCUUACUAGAAGAGGUUAG